AUAAAUGUGAUGUCCAAAAUUCCGUGUCCGCCAGUGUAUUAUUUUAUUUUACAUUCAAAAUUAUUAUCAUAAACUAUUUUACACAGUGUAUUAUAGGUAAAUAAACAACUUUUAAACUGAUCUUUUUCUUUGUGUGCCGCCAAAUUUUGAAAUCGUUAAAAGUGUGCCGCAACAAAAAAAAAGUUGAGAACCACUGUUCUAUCUCUGUUCUGUGGUUCUAUAUGAUCAAAACAUGACCACAUAACCCUUAUUUCUGUGUUGUGUGUUAAACUUGUUUGAAACGUUUUGUGUUUGAAACUUAUGUUCUGUGUUUAAGUACUAGAGAUAAUUUUAAAGUACAAUGGGUGAUGUGGUUGAAGUUUCCAGUGAUUCAGAUGAUACAAUAAUCCUAGAAGCGAAUGAAAAUGUGUGUGGAAACGAAGGCUCUUCGAAAGAAUCAAUUCAAAAAACUCAGUAUGAAAACGAUAGAGAAAUGCUCCAACUUUUAUCGGAAAAAUAUAAAAAACCAUUUGAAAAUAAUGAAAAUGUCGAGCCUGUAAUUAAUAAAGAAAGCAAGAAACGAGAAAAGGAACUAGAAAAAGCCUUAAAGGGGGCACUAGCAGCUUCAAAGAAAAAUACUAAACCUACAGAGUGCAUAAAGUUCGUUGUCGCAAUAAUUGAUUAUAAUAUUAUAAACGAACAUUAUGGGAAUGAUCUGAUAAGUGCUCUACAAGUAAAAGAUAUAAAGUAUAAAACCGAAACGCAAAUUUUUCCACGUACAAUAACUUGGAUUCGCCAAAAGCAGUCACAUUUAAUAAAUGAUCACGGCAAGUUGAUUUUGUCUUCAACAGAAGAAGACACAAAUCACCUCAUAAUAAUAAUGAACUGUAGGGAAUUUAUAGAGCAUGUGAAUAACAAUACGUUAUGUGCUCAUAUUACAUCUAUAAAGUCGGUACUUGCAAAUAAAAUAAUAACAUUGGUAAUAUGUGACUUACAAAGCUAUCACAAAUACCAAAAGAAUCGUAAAUACAACGAAAUGCGAACACAAGUAACAAAUGAAAAACUACGAAAAACAUCAAACAUAGAAUUGUUUAGAGAUUUUCCUACAGUUGGCAAAGACCAGAUAGCAUUUGCUCUGACGGAACUCGAGUUAUUUUGUUCCUGCUCUCAUCGUAUGAUUGAAUCUGGUCCCGAGCUGGGACAAAUGGUGGCUCAGUUUACUAAAGCUAUUGCUGAAAUUCCUUACAAACAGCAAAAACAGGAUAGUUACCAAACCGAAUGGUUUGUGGCUGGUGAUAAUCGAGAUUGUGUCAACGUUGAUAAAGAUGGUAAUGGAUUGAGAAGAUUGUGGAAUCAAGCUUUGACUACUUUUCCUCUUGCAAGUUUAGAGACAGCAGAAGCAAUUUCAUCACGAUAUCCCAAUGUUUCAGCAUUAAUGAAGGCCUAUGACGAAUGUCAGUCAAAAGAAGACGCUGAAUUAUUGCUUCAAGAUCUUCCAAUAAGAAGAGCUGCAGGUCCCUUUUCAAUAACACGUAGAAUUGGGACUGAACUGAGCAAAAAACUAUACAAUUUUUUUAAUUCCAUGGAUGGUGAAGCUUUAUUAUGAAUGAAACUACUAGAUAUCAAAAUUUGAUUUUUUAAUAAAUAAACCUAUUUAACAUGUAA